AGCGCAGUCUGACGCGCAGGACCAGCAGCAGUCAGGACUCUUUCCCCGGGAGUGCGCGCGGCCACCGAGCAACAUGUUCCCAGCGUGGAGGAUCCGCACCGGGGGCUCGACGGUGCCGGCGGCGGCGCGGCGGAGCGCGCGGGGAACCGGACAGGUGUGGGUGUCCUGCUGGGCGCUCCUGUGGGCGACUCGGAUCCUCAGCGCGCGGGCUCAAGUAGACGACGUCCCGCCGUAUUUCAAGAUGGAGCCCCCUCCGGCCCAGGUCCACCUGGAGGGCAACCGCCUGGUUCUCACCUGCAUGGCCGAGGGCAGCUGGCCCCUGGAGUUCAAAUGGAUCUACAACGGCACCGAGCUCACCCGUUUCUCCCUGGAAUACAGGUACCUGAUCCCCACGCUGGACCGAGCGCACGCGGGCCACUACCGCUGCAUUGUGAGGAAUAGAGUGGGAGCCAUAAUGCAGUGCAGCACUGAAGUGCAGGUUGCUUAUAUGGGAGGUUUUGUGGAGGGUGAGAGAUCUCAGACUGUGUCCCAGGGCGAGGGUGCUCUCAUCCAUGCACCGCGGAUACACAGCUUCCCCCGGCCCCAGAUCACGUGGUUCAGAGAUGGGCGGAAGAUUCCCUCCAGCAGUCGUAUUGCCAUCACCCUGGACAACACGCUGGUCAUCCUGUCCACCGUGGCGCCCGACGCGGGGCGCUACUACGCCCAGGCGGUCAACGACAAGAACGGGGAGAACAAGACCAGCCAGCCCGUCGUCCUCACCGUGGAGAAUGUCGGGGGACCCGCAGACCCCAUCGCCCCCUCCAUCAUCGUGUCACCGAAGAACACCAGCGUCACGGUGGGGAGGAACGAAGCCAUCAUGGAGUGUGUCGCCAACGCGAGACCUCUUGUCAAAAUGAGUAUCACUUGGAGGAAAGACGGGGUGUUGGUCAACACGGGGAUCCGGGAUUUCGGCCGCCGGCUGGUCAUCAGCUUGCCGGCGGUGAGCGACAGCGGAUACUACGAGUGCGAGGCGUCGCUCCGCAGCAGCAGCGUCCCCUCGGUCACCGCCGGGGCGUACCUGCACGUUCUCGAAUAUCCUCUAUUUGUAAAAGAGCCACCGAGUCACAUCAGUGCAGAAAUGGAGAAAGUGGUGGAUAUCCCCUGUCAGGCACGAGGCACUCCACAGCCAGACAUCGUGUGGUAUAAAGACGCCGUGCCCAUCAGCCCGGUGAAGAUCCCCAGGUACAGGGUGCUGGUGGGAGGGAGCCUGCAGAUCAACGGCCUCCUGCCAGACGACACGGGGAUGUUUCAGUGCUUCGCCCGCAAUCUGGCCGGCGAGAUCCAGACAAACACCUACCUAGCUGUUACUAGUAUAGCUCCCAACAUCACCGCCGGCCCCGCUGACAGCGCCGUGAUUGACAGCAUGUCAGUCAUUCUGCAUUGUGAGACCUCGGGAGCGCCGCGGCCAGCCAUCACCUGGCAGAAAGGUGAGCGUGUCUUGGCCAGUGGCUCGGUCCAGCUGCCCAGGUUCACCCUGCUGGAGUCGGGCAGCCUGCUAAUCAGCCCCUCCCACCUCUCCGACGCCGGGACCUACACCUGCAUGGCCAGCAACUCCCGGGGCAUCGACGAGGCUUCGGCCGACCUCGUGGUCUGGGCACGCACUCGAAUCACCAAGGCGCCUCAAGAUCAGAGCGUUAUUAAAGGGACCAAAGCCGUCAUGACCUGCGGAGUGACCCACGACCCCAGUGUCACUGUCAGGUAUGUGUGGGAGAAGAGCGGUUCGGUGAUUGACGUGAACACGUCUCCCCGUCUGCGCCUGGAUCCCGACGGGACCCUGCACAUCUCCCAGACGUGGUCGGGCGACAUCGGUACAUACACCUGCAGGGUGACAUCGGUGGGAGGCAACGACUCCCGCAGCGCCCACCUCCGAGUCAGGCAACUGCCCCACGCGCCGGAAAACCCAGUGGCGGUUCUGAGCACGUCGGAGAAGAGGGCCAUCAACCUGACGUGGGCCCAGGCCUUCGACGGCAACAGCCCCCUAAUCCGCUACAUCCUGGAGGUCUCGGAGAACAAUGCCCCGUGGACGGUUCUGCUGGCCAACAUCGAGCCGGAGUCCAGCGGGGUUACCGUCGGCGGCCUCAUCCCGGCGCGCUCCUACCAGUUCCGGCUGUGCGCCGUCAACGACGUGGGCAGAGGCCAGUUCAGCAAAGAGACUGACCGACUGACUCUGCCCGAAGAGCCUCCCAGCGCCCCGCCUCAGACCGUCAUCGCCAGUGGCCGCACCAAUCAGUCCAUCAUGAUCCAGUGGCAGCCCCCCCCAGAGAGCCAUCAGAACGGCCCACUGCAGGGCUACAUCAUCAGGUACUGCCUGUCAGGGCUCCCGGUCGACUGUCAGAUGAAGAACAUCACCAACCCGGACCAGACCAGUCUCAUCCUGGAGGACCUCAUCAUCUGGACCAACUAUGAGAUCGAGGUGGCAGCCUACAACGGCGCCGGCCGGGGGACGUACAGCCACAAAGUCACCGAGUGGACUCUGCAAGGAGUGCCCACUGUGCCACCAGGAAAUGUGCAAGCCGAGCCUGUCAACUCCACCACGGUGCGUUUUACUUGGAGUGCCCCGAGCCCUCAGUUUAUCAAUGGAAUCAACCAAGGAUACAAGCUCCUGGCAUGGGAACCCGGCCGCACAAACGAGGUCACCGUGGUCACGGUGCGCCCCAACUUCCAGGACAGCGUGCACGUGGGCUACAUAUCCGGCCUUAAGAAGUUCACCGAGUACUACAUUUCGGUGUUGUGCUUCACCACGCCUGGAGACGGGCCGCGCAGCCUGCCUCAGCGGCUUCGCACUCACGAGGACACCCCCGGCGCUGUGGGACACCUCAGUUUCACCGACAUCCUGGACACGUCGCUGAAAGUCAGCUGGAAGGAGCCGCAGGAGAAGAACGGAGUCCUCACAGGGUAUCGGAUUUCCUGGGAGGAGUUCAACCGGACCAAUACAAGGGUGACCCAUUAUCUCCCCAACCUGACGCAGGAGUACAAGGUCACGGGCCUCACGGCGCUCACCACUUACACCAUCCAGGUGGCGGCCAUGACCUCCAAAGGUCAGGGCCAGCUCUCCGCUUCCACCAUAUCGUCAGGAGUGCCGCCAGAGUUGCCUGGUCCUCCCACUAAUUUAGCCAUCUCCAACAUCGGGCCUCGCUCCGUCAAUCUGCAGUUCAAACCAGGCUACGACGGGAAAACAUCGAUCUCCCGUUGGCAGGUCGAAGCUCAGAUCGGUGUAAUUGGUGAGAAUGAAGAGUGGCUGAUGGUGCAGCAGCUGACGAAUGAACCCGACGCUCGCUCGCUGGAGGUCCUGGACCUGAACCCUUAUACUUUCUACAGGUUCCGAAUGCGUCAGGUCAACAUCGUGGGCACCAGCCCUCCCAGUCAGCCCUCCAGGAAGAUCCAGACCCUGCAGGCGCCUCCGGACAUCUCCCCUGCGAACGUCACCCUGCGCACCGCCAGUGAGACCAGUCUGUGGCUCCGCUGGGUGCCUCUUCCAGAGUGGGAGUAUAACGGCAACCCGGAUCUGGUUGGUUACCGAGUCCAGUACUCCAAAGCGGGGUCCAAAGGGGGGGUUCUCUCCCACGUCAUAAUGGACCGGCUGGAGAGGGAGUUCACCAUCGAAGACUUGGAAGAGUGGACGGAGUACGAGGUCAGAGUUCAGGCCAUCAACGGUAUCGGCUCUGGGCCCUGGGGCCAGCCGGUCCACGGCAGGACCAGGGAGUCAGUCCCUUCCAGUGGUCCCACCAACGUGUCAGCAUUCGCCACCACCUCCAGCAGCAUCCUGGUACGCUGGGGGGAAGUCCAAGAGGCCGACCGCAACGGACUCAUCCUGGGCUAUAAGGUUGUGUACAAGGAAAAGGACUCGGACGCGGCUCCCAACUUCUGGACCGUCGAAGGCAACACGAGCCACAGCGUCCAGCUCAGCGGCCUGGGAAAGUACGUCCUCUACGAGAUCCAGGUGCUCGCCUUCACCCGCAUCGGAGACGGCAGGAGCAGCUCGCCAUCCAUUCUGGAGCGGACCUUGGACGACGUUCCCGGGCCUCCGGUCGGAAUCCUGUUCCCAGAAGUCAGGACCAGCUCCGUGAGACUCAUCUGGCAACCUCCUGCACAGCCCAACGGUAUUAUACUGGCCUAUCAGAUCACAUACCGAAGAAACUCCUCAAAUAGCAAUGCCGCCACAGUCGACGUGCUGAGCCCCAGCGCUCGGCAGUACACAGCGAGUGGAUUGAAACCAGAAAUGGUUUAUGUAUUCCGCCUCACUGCUCAGACACGGAAGGGUUGGGGAGAGGCUGCGGAGGCUUUGGUGGUCACAACAGAAAAGAGAGCUCGACCCCAACCCACAAGCCGUCCGACGGUCCCUCAAGAGGAAGUCCAGGCUCGCAGAGUGCUGUUGUCAUGGGAACCGGGCAGCGACGGCCUGUCCCCGGUCCGUUACUAUACGGUCCAGUACAGGGAGCUGCCAGACAGCAACUGGACUGUCCACUCCGCGUCGGUCAGCCAUGAGACGCACUCCUACAUCGUCGACAGGUUAAAGCCGUUCACCUCCUACCAGUUCCGUGUUAAAGCCACCAAUGACAUCGGAGACAGUGAAUACAGCCAGGAGAGUGAGGCCAUCACUACACUGCAGGAUGCGCCGGACAAAGCCCCCACGAUCCUGUCUGUCACGCCCCACACCACCACGUCUGUCCUGGUUCGGUGGCAGCCUCCCUCUGAGGAUCACAUCAACGGCGUGCUGCUGGGGUUCAGGGUCAGAUACCGGGAGUUGCACUACGACAGACUUCGCACCUUCACAAUCCGCACGGUAAACAGUCCGUCGGCCAACUGGGCUGAUCUCACAGCUCCCUACAGCGUCAGGAACUUAAGCGAGUCCUCGCUCACCCAGUAUGAACUGGAUAAUUUGAGUAAACACAAACGCUACGAGAUUCGGCUCAGUGUGUACAAUGCGGUGGGGGAGGGUCCCAGCAGCGCUCCGCAGGAAGUGUUUGUGGGAGAGGCAGUGCCGACGGCCCCUCCCCAGAACGUGGUGGUCCAGUCGUCCACGGCCACCCAGCUGGACGUCACCUGGGACCCGCCGCCGCUGGACGCUCAGAACGGAGACAUACAAGGUUACAAGAUCUAUUUCUGGGAGUUUCAGCUGCAGAACGAGACGGAGCGGCUGCGCACCCUCUUCCUGCCGGAGCUGGGAGUGAAGCUGAAGAACCUGACGGGCUACACCACCUACAUGAUCAGCGUGGCAGCCUUCAACGCUGCAGGGGACGGACCCCGCUCCCUGCCCACCAGAGGGCGCACUCAGCAAGCAGCUCCGAGCGCUCCCGGCUACAUCCACUUCAGCGAGCUGACCACCACCUCCGUCAACGUGUCCUGGGGAGAGCCCAAGCAGGCCAACGGCAUCAUCGAGGGCUACCGCCUGGUGUACGAGCCCUGCACGCCGGUGGACGACUCCUCUCCUCGCACUCCAGGUGUCAGUAAGAUAGUGACAGUAGAUGUUAAAGGGAGUGCUCCUCUGUGGAUGAAGAUCAAAGACCUGGCCGACGGCGUCACCUACAACUUCCGCAUCCGAGCCAAGACCCUGACGUACGGCCCCGAGGUGGAGGCCAACAUCACCACCGGGCCCGGAGAAGGAGCCCCGGGACCACCCGGAGAACCCUUUAUUUCUCGAUACGGCACCGUUCUGACGCUGCACUGGACGAGUGGCGAUCAAGGCCGGGCGCCCAUCACCCGAUAUGUCAUCGAGGCCCGACCCUCCGAUGAAGGGUUGUGGGAUAUUCUUAUCAAAGACAUUCCCAAGGAAGUGACAUCCUACACACUGAAUCUGGAUAUGCUACGAGAAGGAGUCACCUAUGACUUUCGGGUAAUUGCCGUCAACGACUACGGAUACGGCUCCCCCAGCGCGCCGUCUCCUUCCAUAUCAGCCCAGAAAGUCUCGCCCUUCUACGAAGAGUGGUGGUUUUUGGUGGUCAUCGCGCUGGUGGGCCUGAUUUUCAUCCUGCUCCUGGUUUUCAUCCUGAUCAUCCGAGGCCAGAGCAAAAAAUACACCAAAAAGGCCGACUCAGUGUCGUCCUCAUCCCCCUGUCCAGGCACCCACUCCAACUGCACGGCGCUGCCGCUGACCCACGGGGAGAUGGUGCGCCUGGACGAGGGUCGCUUCCCCGCCCUGGAGCUCAACAACCGCCGCCUGUCGGUGAAAAACUCCUUCUGCCGCAAAAAUGGCAUCUACACCCGGUCUCCCCCCAGACCCAGUCCUGGAAGUCUGCACUACUCGGACGAAGACGUCAGCACCAAGUAUAACGACCUGAUCCCAGCAGAGAGCAGCAGCCUGACUGAGAAACCCUCGGAGAUCUCUGACUCCCAGGGCAGCGACAGCGAGUACGAGAUGGAUCAGAGCCGGCAGAAGACCCACUCCUUCGUCAACCACUACAUCAGCGACCCCACCUACUACAACUCGUGGCGGCGGCAGCAGAAGGGCGUCUCGCGCCCGCCGGCGUACGGGUACUCGCAGCCCGAGCCCCUGGUGGAGCAGGAGUCUCGGCAGCACCCUCCGCCCGUGCCCCCCCUGCCCCCGCUGCCCCCCCUCCUGCCGCAGAGCGCCCCGUCCCCGCAGCCGCAGUGCCAGGGCCAGGGCACCCUGUUCAGGCCGAAGGGAAGCCGGACUCCCACCCCCUCCCUGCUGUCGUCCGAACCCCCCAGCCAGCACGGCACCCUGUACCGGCCCCCCAGCAGUCUGGGCUGCGCCGCCCAGGCGCCCACCGCAGGCUUCUCCUCCUUCGUUUGACACACAGCUGCGUUUCCUCGAACAACGGGACCCUGAGGACGAGUCUUCGAUUUUGUUGCUGUUGGUUUAUUUGUAUAUUGCUCUCCUUUUUUUUUUUUAACAUUUUAUUUUAUUCUGUCUCACAGACAGAGCUGUUGCUCAAUAUUAAGCAUUGCAGACAUCUUAAAUACUGCUUUCUCCUCCGUGAAGAUUGUGUGUGUAUGGCUGUGUGUCGCGGGUAUGACUGGUAAAUCUAUGUAGUGUGUAAUUUAUGAAGAGACAAUCAUUUGAAGAAUUUUAUGCAUUGCUUCAGUAAAUUAAUUUGAAGACUCAACCACUGAACAAGGAAGGAAAAAAAAAAAACCCCACAAUUUGACGUUUUAAAAAAGAAAUCCUUCUUUAGAAAAACACUGUAUUAUUGUUUGAUAUGAGAGCUUUAUGGAAAAACAACCAACUUAGAACCAUAUAGAGUAUGGAGCACUUGGCUUGCUGAAAGUGGACAAUGGAAACCUCUGGUGGAAUCAAGUGGCGUUGAACUACGGACAAACUGGACGUGAGAAAUGGACUCUGACUCGGAGAAAGGCGCCCGUGGACAGCGUGCCGCCGUGGAGUUUCUCACUCUGCCUAAUCAUUGUUUGAACUGCAUUACGUGUUUACUAUGUGUACUUGUCUCAAAUUGUUUACCAGAUAUUUAUAUCAAUCAGCUUCGAGCUCGACAUUUCCAGAUCAUCACUAGUGGCAAUGUAAUGAAUCACAUUAAAGCAUUGUGGCACCUUU